GGCUGAUUGAUAUUGGGCAUUGCAACCUUAUGUGACUCCGUACUGCGGUAGGUUGAUACUCCGCAGCGACUCGCCCACCAGUUCCCCUUCCCCUCCAUCCACCAGCAUCCACACAUCUCUAUCGCCGCCACCACCCAUCGCCUGCACAUAUCCACUAAUGACCUGCAGCGACCGUACAACGCUGCCCUCCCUCCUCCCCAUUCCAUCUCAUCCACCACUGAAGACCUCCGUACACAAACCACCCAUCUCCAUCCUUUGGUACUGUACUCCGUACUACCGCAUCUACGUCCAGCCUCGAAGCCCCAAAUAAGGCCCUGAAGGCACCCCUCUCGUCCCUGCAUCCCCAUCACCAUCCCAAUCGCGCCCCUGCACACAUGCACUCCUGCCCCUGCCACAGACGCUGUUAGCUGUUACGGAAUUUACAACACUCCGACUGAUUGGGCUUCACCUCAGUGCCCCAGGAGUAAAGCUUGUCCAGAAGAUUGAACUAGGAUAACCAAAUAACGAAAGGGCCCUCAAUUCGAGGAUUUCUAAGACGUACCUGAACACUUCAUUCACGCGCCCCCGUAUGAACAUCUGGAUUGCUACACGACGCUACUCAAAACGCCCCAUCUCUAAAACCAUUCAAGCAUACCUCUGUUAAAGGACAAAUACCAACUACAUACAGCAUACCACACCUCAAUCCCUCCACUGAUAGUGUUCUUCUACGACUCCCGACCAAACGGUCGAAGUGCUGGUCGCAUUUCAGAAAGAUGGAUCCCCAUACCAAUGGCUAUCAGAUGCCGCAGAUGCAACAACCCCUCAUGAAUCCGCCACCACAAAUCUUUGGAGGAUAUAGCGCCGAUGGCAUACCCAUGAAUGGAAGCAUGUCGGAUCUGUCUGGGGCAUUAUUUGGGGAUGGAACCUUGUUGGACGAUAGUAAUGAGGCAAAGAGGAGGAGGAUCGCGAGGGUAGGAUACUCUCGGAUUUCACCAAUAUCGCCCUUCAGCUCUUGCUGACUUGCAAACAGGCUUGUGAUAUGUGUAGGAAGAAGAAGAUCAAGUGCGACGGAAAGAUGCCAGCAUGCACCCACUGCAUCAACUACAAGACGGAAUGUGUCUUCACACAGGUUGAGAAGAAGAGGAACCCACCAAAAGGGUAUGCACAGGCAUGGGAAUAGGAUGGGAUAAAUUGCUAAUGUUAGAUUAGUGCGAAAUAUAUCGAAGGUCUGGAGAAUCGAUUGGGAAGAAUGGAGAGCUUGCUGAGGUUAUCCGGUUCGUUCUGAAACACAAUGUUUUCGCGCAUUUGUAAGCAUCCAUAUACUAACUUUUUUCAGGAUUGUUGAAGGAGGAUGACAAUGGGCGAACGGAUCUGGGUACAUUGGAGAAACGACUUGCGGACCAACAAGCGCGGAGAGCCUCACAAGCACCAACCUCCGGUCCAACAUCGCCCACGCAUAGCUCUCCCGGACACGAACCAAAUUCUACACCCACUCCACGGAGCACUCUUGCCUCACCUGAACCUUCAGGCCGAAAUGGCGAGAAGCGCUAUUCACACGUUACGGUGGAGGAGGAAGAGGAGAAGCAAGAAGGCGUGGAAGAACUCUCUGAUAUGAUGUGCUCUUUGGUGACCAAUAAUUGUGGUGAAACUCGAUAUAUUGGUAAUGCUAUCUGCUAAAACUGUUUUAUUUUAUUUUACAAGAUAUACUAAUCAGACACUAGGUUCAUCUUCUGGAUUUUCCAUUUUCUCUCCAAAAGGCAUUCAAUGGGUCAACGAUAAAACUGGCGAUUCUUCUUUCCAAGAAAUGAUAUCCGCAUCUUCCGUAGACGAAAACAAAUACAUGUACUGGAAGCCCGAAGUUUUCGGAGACCUCUUUCAUCGUAGAGUAUUCAGACCGCUCCCGCCAAAAAACGAAUGUAUUUCUUUGAUGAAGGACUUUUUCGAAAAUUUCAACUGCAUGUUCCCACUUUUUCAUCAGCCAACAUUUAUGCAUCUUGUCGAUAGGCAGUAUUCGCGAGACCCAUACGACGGAUCUGGAUGGUGGGCUAGUUUAAAUGUUGCGCUUGCCAUUUCGCAUCGAUUACGAGUUAUGAGUAAUUUGGUCCCGGCAGAGGAAGAUGAAAAAGCUUGGGGAUACAUGAAAAACGCACUUGGGGUAUUUACGGAACUCACAAUGCGAAAUACUGAUCUUCUUAGCGUGCAAGCCCUUCUUGGAAUGUCACUAUUUAUGCAGGGUACACCAAACCCACAGCCUUCAUUUUUCUUGGUUGCGGCUGCGAUACGCCUGUCGCAUAGUAUCGGACUUCACAAGAAAGGUUCUGGUUUCAAUUUGAACCCAGUUGAAAUUGAGCAGCGAAAACGAGUGUUCUGGAUUGGUUACAUGUUGGAUAAAGAUAUUUGCCUCCGAUCAGGUCGACCUACUGUGCAAGAUGACGAUGACAUGAAUGUCGAGCUACCGAGCGCGGACCCAGACGACAAUAUUGGCAAUAUCCCUCUGGCGGAUGGAAAAGGAAAAGUGAACAUAUUCCGUCUUAUGUGCGAAUUUGCUACUAUCGAGAGUAAAGUAUACAAACAUCUAUACUCAACAAAGGCGGCAAAACAAACGGACGGCGAGCUUCUUAAUACUAUCGGAGAACUCGACCGACAGUUGGAGGAGUGGAAGGAUAAUAUUCCUGUCGACUUCCGCCCAGAACACGAAAUCAAGGCUUCCCAUACGCCAUUAAUAUUACAUAUUGUUGUCCUUCAUUUCACUUACUACAAUUGUCUGACAACAAUUCAUCGUAUGUCCGUUCAUCACGGCUACUGGACCAGCCGAUUAUCAAAUUACGCCAUUCAAGGGUUGAAUGCUAAACCGCUCAAUCCUCGUGUAUUUUCGUCAGCCGCUCUUUGUGUUUCUGCAGCCCGUGCUUCGAUACAUCUGAUCAAAUAUGUCCCUCAAGGGGAUUUUGCUUGCGUUUGGUGAGUUUUGUAUUUGCGCACAGUCGUAAUCAAUAGCUAAUAUAUAACAGGCUCAUUCUUUACUUCCCCGUAUCGGCGCUUGUAACAUUAUUCGGUAACAUUUUACAAAACCCACAAGAUCCUCGAGCUCGUGCAGACGUUCGACUGAUGGGUCUUGUGGUCCAAUUUUUAUCCAUGUUGGGUUCGGAAGAAGAGAAUGGUGGUGUGAAGCGUAUGCUGGGUGUUUGUACUGAAUUCGAAAGAAUCGCCAAGGCGGUUUUGGAUAAGGCAGAAAAAGAGAGUUCUUCAAGAAGAAAACGCAAGAGUGAUGGCGAUCAUUUGGGCAAAACAAAACAGGCACCUCCACAACCCAUGCCACACCCCGGGCAUCCACCAAAUAUCGCGGGUGUUUUCUCUCCAGCCAUGUCUCAACAGAGCAUUCAACAAAACGGCUUCACAGGUACUCCGAUGGCCAACCACGCUUCCCCUCCACCACCAUUAGAUUAUCAGCAAGAAUUCGGAAACUUUGGACAGGAUUUCGCAACUCCGAAUGCUGGAAUGACUGCUUUCCCUGGAGAUAUGGGAUAUACCACAAAUGGUGGUCAAAUUGGUUCUCCACUCGACAUGAACUCUUUCCAACAACCAUUCGUACCUCAAGAUAUGUGGCAGAUGCCUAUGACUUUGGAGUGGGAUUGGGCAGAAAUGGCAGGUGGUGCCUAUCCUAGCUUCGAGAACGGAAUUGUAGGCGAUCCAGGACUGCACAAUUCUAAUAAUCAGCACCUACAACAUCAACCGAUGUAACAUGUACGUUGAGAAAAGCCAAGUCUGAGGGAAGGGAAUAGGGAUGCAUAGACUGGGAGUUCUGCUUUUCCUUUUAAUCAUGGAUGCUUUAUGAGUUUUGAUAUGGGAAUGCUUUUUGGCUUUUGGGAUUCAUGAAUUUUGCGACGGCGUUGCUGAGAAGCGAUUUUUUCUGAUCAAGAGCAUUUAAGCGUGAGCCUUAGUGGGCUUACUAUGUAUUCACUCCUCUUCAGCGGCGUCUCUUGGGAUUUUAAAGGGAAGGGAAUUUAAGAUUGACGGCUGGACUGGCUGAACUUUGCGUUACGUGGACAGAUCAAUACCUCUAAUUGUUAUUAUAGCAGCAGUAAUACACGUUGUAGAGAAGCAAAACCCUGACAAGGCGUAUCUAUGUGAAUACCUGUGUGACCUUUAUUGUUAGUAGUGAGCAUCAACAAGAACCUUGUACAAAAAUUGGACCUCGGAGUUAAAUCACGUGUGUAAGGCAAAAAGAAAGCUCUCGAAAGAAUCGCAGUGCUUCGUAAGGGUCAUGGGUGUUAGCUUCAGAUCAAAGUCCGACGACAGCCCAUCACCACCUCCCAAUGAAAUAACACCGGAAUAAAGGUCACUGGAAAACCGCCUCACGACACAUUACAGUGACUUCGUCGCCCCCGAUCUCCUGAAGGUUCGUCCUUCUCAGCCCAAGGAUGAGCUCGAUAUUACGGCAGUCGAGCGGUUCUCUGGCACGAAUCUCGAGAUCAACCUAUCCAUUCGCCGUGGUCUGUCGCACCGCCACCCAAAGCAGUUUCUUCAGAGCUGCGCAAGCUUCGAGGAUAUCAGUCAGCCAGACGAGAGCGUAUACGAAUCCCCCGCCGAGGAAAUCCAAAGACAAUGGCGCAGCGAAGAAGGGAAAUGGAGAAAAGACGGACCCGCAAGCUGCGGCUGGGACGGGACAUUUAGGUCAUGACAAACCAUCUCCGUCAAAACCAGCAGAAGAUGGCAAGUCUACGGAUGAGACCAAGGCAAAAUCCGCAGAGGAGGCUCCUUUAGAACCGGGAAUGGUUAGGAUGGGACCGGAGGAAGAGAAGCUGAUGGCAGCCCAGUUCACGAAGCUGAAGGCCGGAUUGCCACAAUCCUCGGUGGAGAUUGUCGACCGGGCGUUUGAGCUAAUGAAGCAAAAAGGGAUUCCCAAGGAGAUCGUGGACUUGUUAAGGGAACACGGUAACGGGAAGACUUUCUCGAUGGUGGCGAUGGGCAAGUUGUUUAAAUUGUCGGUGAAACUAGUCGGUUCAAUUGUGAACCAGUUAAGUGAAGAGGAACUUAAUAAAGAAAACAAGGAGUGGCAGGAGAAGAAGAGGAUCCUGUCAGAUUUCGAGAGCAAUGAAACGAAGUCGAAAGAGAGUGGUGGUGGUGCGGGGUCUCCGCCACCGGGUGGAAAGAAGAGCAACAAGAGCAAGCAAGUUCCACCAGGAUUUAAAGUCCAAGAGUUCAAAUUUGAUAUGAGUACGCUUUUACUGUCGGGUUUCACAUCCUGGCUCUUGUGGAAAAUGGUUAUGCCUGGCGAGCAGGGGCGGGAUAUCACGUACCAGGAAUUCAAAAGCACCUUUUUCGAUAAGGGAUUAGUUGAAAAACUUACAGUUGUCAACCGGGAUCGAGUCAGGGUUGGAUUACACAGAGAAGCUGCACAGUCAAUGUACCCAGACUCACCAGCCGCAAACCCAAAUUUCCAUUACUACUUUUCCAUAGGCUCUGUUGAGGCUUUUGAGAAGCGAUUAGAAGAUGCUCAGAAUGAAUUGGGAAUUCCAAGUUCGGAACGCAUACCAAUUAGCUAUACCAGGGAUACAGAUUCCUUCUCACUUCUUAUCAACUUUGGGCCUACACUUCUAUUCUUGGGUGCCAUAUACUUCAUGACAAGAAGGGCUGGAGGCGGUGGGGGAUCAAGUGGUGUUUUCGGAAUGGGAAAAAGUCGUGCUAGGCAAUUCAACCACGAAACUGAUAUCAAGGUAAAGUUCAAGGAUGUCGCGGGUAUGGACGAAGCCAAGUUGGAGAUUAUGGAAUUCGUCUCAUUUCUCAAGACACCUGAGCAAUUCGAACGACUGGGUGCCAAGAUUCCUCGAGGAGCCAUUCUUUCUGGUCCACCCGGUACUGGUAAAACUUUGUUAGCAAAGGCCACAGCUGGAGAAUCAGGCGUGCCUUUCUUUAGUGUCAGUGGUUCCGAGUUUGUAGAGAUGUUUGUUGGUGUGGGUGCUUCCAGAGUUCGGGAUCUCUUCUCUCUGGCAAGAAAAAAUACGCCUUGUAUUAUCUUCAUUGAUGAAAUUGACGCAAUUGGAAAAGCUCGUGGAAAAGCUGGUUCUUUCAAUGGUGGAAAUGAUGAACGAGAGGCGACUCUCAAUCAGAUUUUGACCGAGAUGGACGGUUUCAAUACGUCUGAACAGGUUGUGGUUCUUGCUGGUACCAAUCGAUCGGAUGUUCUCGACCAGGCCUUGACAAGACCUGGACGUUUUGAUAGACAAAUUGCCAUUGACCGACCUACGAUGGAAGGUAGAAAACAGAUUUUCUUGGUUCAUCUGAAGAAAAUCGUUACCUUCGAGGACCUGGAUUUCUUGACUGGUCGUCUUUCUGCUCUUACUCCUGGAUUCUCAGGUGCAGACAUCGCCAACUGUUGUAACGAGGCAGCAUUAAUUGGUACGUCGUUGAUUUCCUUUUCUGAAACUCGUUUUGCUAAUAUUCCACAGCCGCACGCACAGAAUCCAAGUCAGUAGCGAUGAUCCAUUUUGAGCAAGCUAUUGAGCGAGUAGUUGGAGGUUUGGAGAGGAAAACUCUCAUCCUCAAUCCUGAAGAGAAGCGAACGGUCGCCUAUCACGAAGCAGGUCACGCCAUCUGUGGUUGGUACCUGAAACAUGCCGACCCUCUCCUCAAGGUCUCUAUCGUUCCUCGUGGCCAAGGGACUCUUGGAUAUGCACAAUACCUCCCUGCAGGCGACUCCUACCUCAUGACCACCAAUCAACUCAUGGAUAGAAUGGCCAUGGCACUCGGUGGCCGUAUCUCUGAAGAACUUCAUUUCGAUACCGUCACCUCGGGUGCUUCGGACGAUUUCAACAAAGUCACACGCAUGGCCACAGCCAUGGUGACCAAGUGGGGAAUGUCCAAGAAAGUCGGGACUCUCCAUUUCCAGGAUAGCGAUGACAGAUUCAACAAGCCCUUUGCGGAGUCGACGGCACAGGCGAUUGAUAGCGAAGUGCGUCGCAUCGUGGACGAGGCAUAUACCAAAUGUAAAGACCUACUCACGGAGAAGAAGGCGGAGAUUGGUAUCGUAGCCGAGGAACUUCUCAGCAAGGAGGUUCUCGGACGCGAGGAUAUGGUGAGACUGCUUGGCCAACGACCGUUUGAGGAGAACAAGGACUUUGUCAAGUAUUUUAAUAAUGCUGGGCCGAAGAGUGCACCGCCUCCACCGCCUACCGAGAUGACCGGCCAUGGACCGGAAAAACCUCUUCCUAUCUGA